GAAAAAUUUCGUAUCUAAUUUGUCUUUGUUCUAGUUUAAAUUUGUUGACUAAAAUAUUCUCAAACUCUCUGAAAUCACCAAAAUGAAGAACGUAUUGGCCAUCUUGUUGCUGUCAAUGGUUGGAGUAGCCUUUGGAGGGGAAUGCAAAGGGGUUUUUAAAUGUUACGAUGAUCGCGUGAACAAGUGGAUCAACAGUCAGAUCGGGGUUGAACUCAGUGGACAUUACACCUAUUUAUACUUGGCCCAAAUUUUCGAACAUCAUACCCGCCAUUACCCAAAGGUCGCAAAAUAUCUUCGCGCCAAAUCUGCUGAAGAACUUAGUCAUGCAGAGCGAUUCAUAGAAUAUCAAAAUCAACGAGGCGGAACUGUCGACAUGCCAACAGUCUCGCGAUACACCGAAGGUUCGUGCGUUGACGUCAAAGACAUUAAGACGGCUUUCAAAUGUGCAAUGGAGCUUGAAGCUCACGUGACUCGUCAGCUGACCCAACUACAUAACGAUGCAUCCGAAGUGAAAAAAGAAUUUUCCAACCAGUGUUCUGGGGUUGAUGACAUUGAUGACGAUGACUUGAGAUUGACACAGCCUCUCCUCAUUACCUGCACGGUUGGCGAGAACUCUGCAACCACUACCAGCACUAUGAACGCCUGCACCUGUGAUUCGAUACAGUCAAUACAAUACGUUGAGCUUGCUGAAAUGAUUGCUCACGAGUUCCUCGGCCACCAAGUGGAAGACACCAAGGAGAUCGCCAAUCAUUAUCGCAAUGUAUUGAAAUUGCAAUCGGCAGAUGGCGCUCCGGGUCUCGGUGACUUCAUUUUCGACAAGCACCUUGAACUGUAAUUUAGCUACAUAUCAUUAUAUUACGUCAUACCGAUGACGUCAUUGUGAUUUUACGAUUUAAUUUUUGUGAUAAUUCUUUCUGUAUAUAUUUUUUUCAUUUGUUAUGAGUGCUAUUAGGCUAGACUAGGGCUACUCAAUGGGAAGACAGUACAUUUAACUUGUAUGGGGAAGGGUUACAUUUUGCAAACAAGAAAUCCACACUUCUUCCUGAUAUAAUGAUUCACUACUUUAGUUUUAUUUCAGUACAUGGUCGAUGUUAGCAGCCCACCACUAAUUUCAUGAUUUCUUUCAUUCAAUUCUUAGGCUUCGUUGUUGAUUUGUUGAAUUCCCGGUCUCUUCAAUGUCUAUCAAUCUGUGUUAGUUGGAUAAUUCAUGCAAUACUCACCGUCAGUAUCAGUAGUUUCAAAACUUUUUGAAUUAAAUAUUAGAACCUCGGGUGUCGCUGCUCGAUAAAAGCUUUGGUUCCCCGCGACUUCCCUUCCCCAGUAAAACUUUGUAAUUAUCAUUUUCUUUUAUUUUGUGCUCAAGUCAUUUUUUUAACGGUUGGAAAAAAUGAACUUUGUUGGGGCGAUGACGUAACGCACGCCUGAAAUUAAAUGAUUGGUGGGGCGAUAUUAGGUAAUGCCAUAAAUUUACUUCUAUAUCACGUACUUUCAUCAGUGUUAACCAAAUCAUUCGAAUAUUGCAAUAAAAUCAAAUAAUAACAUUG